AUGGACGACGAGGAGUUAGAUGAUGCAGAUUUCUACUCAGAUGAGGAAUCAUUUGAGUUUGAAUUUGAUGAUGAUGAAAAUAACGAAGUAGAUGAAGGCAAUGGCGAUGAUAUUGAAGAAGAUGAAGAAGUAACAGUACAAAACAAAUAUUAUUCUGCUAAGAAUCUAAAGGAUGAUAGUCCUUCUGCGGCGAUAGCAGCUUUAAAGGAUCUAAUUGAUAACACAGAGCAAACUGAAAAUACAGUUGAUUGGAUUUUUAAAGCUCAUAAGCAAAUUAUCAAAAUCAACUUUCAGAAUAGGAAUUACAAUGAGUCAUUGGAAUUCUUAAAACGAAUCAUUCCACUAUUAGGUCUGGUUCAGAAAGAUUACGCAGAAGAGACCUUAGGUACUAUGAUCAAUAAUUAUUCCACUUCCAAAGAUAGUACUUUUGUGUCUUCUUUAUAUACUACAAUAUUAAAUUCAUUACAAAGUUCAAAUGCCAUAGGUAUCAAUAGUCAAAGGUUAUGGUUGAAGAUCAACAUUAAUCGACUCAAUUCGUAUAUUGACAGUGGUUCUCAUGAAGAAUGUCCUGCUUUAUUUCAAUCAAUAAAUGAAAAGUUAAAGGAAGUUAAUGAAAGUACAAGAAAUGCCUAUUCACUUGAAGUUAUCGCGGCUGAAAUUGAAUAUGAAUCCAGGAAGAGUACUCCAACUCUAUCGAUUCUAAAUAAUCUUUACCGUCGAAGUUUAAGUAUCACUACCGCUGUUACCCAUCCCAAGAUUUUAGCUAUUAUAAAAGAAUGUGGAGCAAAAAUACAAUUUCAUCGAGGUAAUUAUGAAAAAUCAAGAUUAGAUUUUUAUGAUUGUUUUAAGAACUAUGAUGUGGCUGGCUCAUCAAAUAAAUAUAGAAUAUUGAAGUAUGUUGCUUUAUGUUCAUUGUUAACUGAUAGUGAAUUAAAUCUUUUCGAAUCUCAGGAAACAAGAACUUAUUCCCAAUUGAAGGAAUAUUCAAAUUUGUUAUUGUUAAUAAAGGCUUACGAUAGUUCAGAUUUAAAUGGAUUUAACAAAAUUUCAGAAAAGAUGAAAGUUGAGAAUGAUCCCAUAUUAGUUGAUGAUAUAUUCAACAUAUCAUUCAACCAAAUUCUACUUAAAUUAAAGUUAAAGCUUAUUAUCAAUUAUGUUAGUGUAUAUCAUUCAAUAAGAUUUGAUUUCAUCCAAAACAAAUUAAACAUCAACCAAGCCGAGUUAGAAGAGUUAUUAUUAAAGUUAAUCGUCGAUGGUAAACUAGCUGAAUAUCGUAUUGAUUAUGUGAAUAAUUAUAUUGAAUCAGUUGGAGAAAGAAAGAAAUUAUUUACACUUGCAGUUCAAGCAAAUGAUAUUCGAGCCAAUUUAAAAGCAUUGAAUGUGGUGAAGUUUGAUUACACUUUAAGUGAUGUUAAUCGUAAUACCAGUAAUGUUGAUCAAAUGGAGAUUGAUACUAAUAUCAAUCAAGAAGUUACCAAGAGCAAAGUUGACCUUUCUGAUGAUUUCUUCUAUUCAUUUGAUUAUACAUCAAAGGUUCAUUUCAAGGUCAUUGAUGCUUGGUAUUCAUAUAUGUAUUCCGCAAUUCCUGAUAUAGACAAAUCAGAAGCAAGUCUUCUUUCUAAAUUUAGAUCGGAGAAUAAAUCCAUAUCAAUUUCAAAAGCUUCAACAAAAGACGAAGAUGAUAUCGCAAAUACAAAUACUAAAGCGGGUAUUUUAAGUUCUACAUUUAAUUCAGAUGCACAUGGUAAUGAAGAAGAUGAUGAUGAUAGUAAUGAAAGCUUUAACAAGUCAGAGAUGCUUGCAGCUUGGUAUAAUGAAUUACAAGCAUUAUAUGAUCAAGUUGUAAAUCGUUAA